AUGUCUACAACGCAGGAAGGAGCGCUAUGUAGAGCCAAAGCUGAAUGGACACCGUCACGGGAUGCAUUUCUGGUCGAUCUUUUCAUCGAACAGCACAACUGUGGGCGAACGGCCUAUAAUGAAUUCAAGAACGAAGUUAUUCGAUCUGUUACGCGUGAUUUCAACAAGAAGUUUGGCAUGAAUCUAGAAGAAAACCAGAUAAAAAACCGUUACAACGUGAUGAAGAAAGAUUACGGGGUUGUUAAAACCCUACUCGGAUAUGAUGGAUUCGGCUGGGAUGAAACUCGACGAAUGGUUGUAGCUGAUGACAGAGUUUGGGACAACUAUAUUGCGGCACGAUGUGAAGCAAGACCCUUCCGCCGCAAGAGCUUUCCUCUGUAUAAACAAAUGUCAAUCAUAUUUGAAGGUGAAAGAGCUACCGGCAAAUGCGUUCCCAACGCAGUUCCAGUGGUAACUGAAGAGGGAAAUAGCAACACCGAGACGGCUCGAUCUUCAGAGCCAACUAAUGUACCUGCACAAGUAGUUGAGGGCACCCUCGAUUCCGAUUCGAUAAUUCGAAUAAGUGACAAACUACCAAAGAAACGAAAGUCCGUUCCUCCAAGAGAUUCAGCUCAUAAGAAAGGGGUAUGCUGCGAUGCCAGCGAGACGAUCGAGAAGGCCAUGUACGAGAUGUUUUCAGCUAUCAAGUUGAGAGCUUUACGAAGAGAUGCAUCAAAUGAGAGAACAUUAUAUCAGAAGUGCCUGGAAGAGUUGCAGCAUUUAGAAGAACUGGAUGAUGCUGAGUUUACAAAGUCUGUCAACGUUCUCAAAGACGAUAAAAAUGCAAUUGCAUUCAUGACGAUCAAAGGGCCUCGGCGUUUGAUUUGGUUGAGGUCUCUAUGGCAAGCAUCGUGACAAG